CGCAAAAUCAUUACCUCUGUCUUCCAGCUGUUGAGCUGAUGUUUGUCUGGAACGCAUUCAAAGUGCUUAGCAAAAAUUAUCAGCUAGCUGACGCUCAAUGCUCAAGCAUUGUGUUUUUUAUUACGUGGCGCUUGCUAUCGACAAAUGAAGCAGCCAUUCCUCGCAUUGCAAGAUCUUGAAGCGUGCAUAAACUUGCAAAGUCAAAUCAAAGAAGACACAUAUUUGAUGGCCUACGCCUGCGUGGAAUCGGGACUGGUGCAUGCAGACGAACAAAAUUAUGAAUUGGCUAUCACCACAAUUGAGGAAGCGAAGAAGAAAUACACUGGCUUUUCGCUGGAGUCACGCUUACAUUUCCGCAUACAUGGUGCGCUUAUGGAAUUUAAGGAAAAACUGAACUUUAAACAUUAAGUUGGAAAAUUGAAAUAAACAUAUUUAUGGAGAUUUGGUUAAAAAAUUAAAUACACAUAUUUUAAAUUAUUUUUACUACAACGUACGCGCAAAUGACGAUACACGCGAUUUCCCAAGUUCUACUGGACCUUUUCACCUGAACAUUUUGAGGUUGGUAUUUUUUAUACUCUCGCAACAAAGUUGCUAAAGAGAGUAUUAUAGUUUUGUUGACAUAACGGUGGUUUGUAACACCCAAAACUAAACGAGUUAUAUAUAGGGUUAUGUAUACCAAAGUGAUCAGGAUGAAGAGUGUAGUUCAAAUCCGGAUGUCUGUCUGUCCGUCCGUCUGUGCAAGUUGUAACUUGAGUAAAAAUUAAGAUAUCUUGAUGAAUAUGACUUGGAACACUUGUUUCUUGGCACCAUAGGAAGGUUGCUUUCGAAGAUGAGCAAAAUCGGACUGCCACGCCCACAAAAUGGCGAAAACCGAAAACACAUAAAUGUCAUAAAUAAAGCUAUGGAAAUAAAAUUGGGUCCAAAGGAUUGUUCUAGGAAGGGGCAUAUUUGGAUGUAAUUUUUUUGGGAAAAUGGGCAUGGCACCGCCCCCUUAUAAAUUUUUUGUACAUAUCUCGUAAACUACUAAAGCUAUAUCAACGAAAUUCUCUCCCAUACAAAAGUUAUGUUGAAAACGACUCAAAAUGCUUUAAUUAAGUAAGGGAUAACACCAGAAACCUAAAUUUUAUUUAUAAAGAAUGUACAGAAAAAUUUAAGUGGGUGUGGCUACUACUCGACCAAUAUCAAUGACAUUUGGUUUAUAAUAUUUUCCUUGCAUCCCAAUGAUAUGUUGUGAAAAUAGGCCAAACGCCUACUUCCUAUAUACCAGAACUUUGAAGUCAACGUGAAUAGUAUACUUAACAAUAUGUAAAGUACGCACUAGUGAACAUAUCGGAACAGAACUUUGCAUAAAUACUGCAUUUAUAGUGUAGCAGCCCCUUUCUAAAAAGCGAAAUCGGACCAUAGGUUUUCAAAGCCCCAUAUAUCGAACAAGAGGACCUCGGUGCUUCUAACCUAAUAUUAGGGUUUCCAACUUUCAAUGGACUUUAUACCAUAUAUAUGGCGAAUAUGUGGGUCAAAAUAUCUAUUAUAUAAUAUUAAUUAAAUAAAUUGCGAGAGUAUAAAAUGUUCGGUCACAACCGAACUUAGCCCUUCCUUACUUGUUAAAUUUUUAUUUUGUUUUGUAUUAUUUAUUUUUAUUUAUAUAUUUUUUUUUUAAUUUAUGUUUAAAUUUUUAUUUAUAUAUUUUUUUAAAUUUAUGUUUAAAUUUUUAUUUUUAUAUUUUUUUGUUUUAUUUGACUUUGUUUAUUCAAUAAUUUUUGUUUUACAUUCCUGUAAUGUUAAUGAAUAAAUGAUAAAAAAAUUUUAUUACAACACUUUAAAAAUGACUUGAAAUUCAUGCCUCUAACACCAGAAUACCCCCUAAAAAUGAAUUAUUCGAAUUAUCAGCUAAACGGCCACACACAUUUGGUGAAUUGUGCGUUCCUAUGUUAGUCAAUAGCAUGUCUGAAAAAAAUUUUAUGAAUCCUUUUCUGUCAUUACAACUACAAAUUUGUGUUGCGCUUGCGGAGUACUUCACAUGCGAUAAAAAACAAUGUAAUCGAGUAGGCAUUAUUUACUAUAAUUAGUAAUUUAUAUUUUAUAUGUGUAUAUAUAUAAAAUUAUUUAAAUAGUUUUAAGGUUUUUUGCUUGGCUAGUCGAAGCAUAUUUGACUUAUAACUAAUGUUUGCAAAUGUGCAACGCAGUUUACUAUUAGCUUAUUAAGGUUUGCUUUAUUCAUGUAUUAUAAAUCUAUGUGCAUUUAAAAAUAUGCUAUGAACUAAAUUUACAAUUGAACAUAAUGUGAAAUUUCAUUUAGAAACAUGUAUGUAUUUUAUUUUAUUUAUGCCGUACACACUAUGUUGUGUUGUUAUAUAAAUUUAAAUCCUUAUAUACUUUGAUACCUAUCCUUAAUAAAAAAUAUAAAUCGAUAAUAAAUGCUCAAAAAUACAUAUUUAUACGGAUAUAUAUGUAACAUGUAAAACUAUGUGUUAUUUGUAUAUAUUACAUGCGACAAAAACAAAUUGAAAUCCUUAAUUAAUCAGUUCAAAUCUUAUUCAAUUUUUUAUUAUUGUUCUUGCCUUUAUUACAAACCCUCAUAUCUAGUUUUAUAUGCGAAUGACAACGAAACUAUCGGUUCAUGGUUGGUGUUCACGUGUGUAAUUUUAACGUAAAAUAUUUGAUGAAGGGAAGUGGAAAUAAAAAAAAUGUUUUCCGAUGACAGUAUACACAACCAGCUAAAAUGCUGUUCACACGAUAAAACUAUAUACGCGCGCAAGUUCGUCUAACUACAUACA